AUGCCGGCCACCAAUCGAGGACCAAGGAUACCCGCAGGUGCCGCCACCUCGAUGAGCUCGCGCUACUACUUGAACGCCCAACAGCCCGCCUGGGCCAUGUUGCAAACAGGGCUGACAGUCUUUGCCCUCUUCAUCAUCGCCCGCUACUGUCUGCGGCGACUUUUCUUAUGGUGGCGUGGCCCAGUUGCAGUUACCCUCCCGAGUCGUGUUGGAUCUGCCACCGCCGGCGUUCGAGCACAAGACUCCCCUCGGUGGAUCAUGGAUGAAAAGUCGCACGAAGCUGCGACCUUGGGCACGACUACGACGGCCGUGGAACCGGUGACUGUGGGCGGCGCCGCGACGUAUCCCCAAGAACAACAAGUUCCGCGGGCCACCAAGGCAAAGCUCAAGGUCAAUCCGGAUUGGAGGGGUGGUGGCGCAAGCGCCCUGUCAAGGCAGUUCGUUUCGCGACUACCUCCUGCGCCGCCGCUUACGCCGCCAGAGCUCAGCACUGCCGUCUUCACCCUCCGCGAUGCGCCUCACCAGACGGACAGUUUUAUUCACCAGCCCAACCCCGACUACAUGAGCUCAACGUCUUUUGUGUCGUCGCAAACGGGCGGCCCUGCAUCGCCCACGAUCCCGCGCAGGCGGUCCUACAACAGGACCGUUCCCAUUGGAAUUCCCAUGCCGCAGGGCUCGUCGCUCUCCGACGCCGACUCGGUGGACUUGGCCUUCUCGCCAAGCUCGUAUCCGCCAACGAGCCCGCUGCUUCCGCCGCCACCGCCGAGCGUCUCCCGAGUUGACAACCCUCAUCCCCAAGGCCCUCGCGAGGUGGGCGUCAAGGGCGAGAUCAUCUCAGUCCUCGACGGCGAAGGCGCCGGCUGGACGAGGCACACGCGCGUCUACGGUGGCGGCGUAUGUCUGGCCUGUGCGGCGUCGGGCGACGGGCACGGCGGGUUCUACGGCGCGACUGUGACUCCCGAAGAGAUGCGAUGA